AGCUUCCAGCAAUGGCUCACCCCGCCCCUGUACUCAUGACGCCAUUUCCCCGGUGAAGGAGGCGUUGUCCCGGCUUUCUACUGCGAGCGUUAGCAUUGUGCUCUCCUGACAGAUAUCUUAUCUAGCUGGUUGACGAGACUCAACUACCAAUUAAAACUUCUAAUAAACGCCACUUUUAAAUAAAGCUUUAUUCAACCCAAUUUAUCUGAUUGCUGUUCUAAAUCGAUCAACUGAAUCAUGUUAAACAACGGUCACCACGCAGAAGCCGAGCUGGGGAGGGAAGCCGGAGAUAAGACGGGCAACAACGCCUGCUGCAGCCCUGAGAAAAGAAAACGUGUCGUGCGGGUCUGGUGUGACGGGUGCUAUGACAUGGUACAUUAUGGGCACUCUAACCAGCUACGCCAGGCACACGCCAUGGGUGACUACCUUAUUGUUGGCGUGCAUACAGAUGAGGAAAUCGCUAAGCACAAGGGCCCCCCAGUGUUUACCCAGGAGGAGCGCUACAAGAUGGUCCGCGCAAUAAAAUGGGUUGAUGAGAUAGUGGAAGGAGCCCCGUAUGUCACCACCCUGGAAACUCUGGACAAGUACAACUGUGAUUUCUGUGUGCAUGGAGAUGAUAUUACUCUGACUGUUGAUGGGAAAGACACAUACGCUGAGGUUAAAAAUUCAGGAAGAUAUCGGGAGUGCAAGCGCACGCAGGGUGUUUCCACUACAGACCUGGUUGGCCGAAUGCUCUUGAUGACUAAAACUCACCACAGCAACAUUGACAAAAAUUCUGACUAUCAGCAGCACACAGACAACUUUGGAAAGGGUCCCAAAGGCCACAGUCCCUGGACUGGAGUCUCUCAGUUCCUGCAGACCUCUCAGAAAAUAAUCCAGUUUGCUUCAGGGAAGGAGCCGCAGCCUGGGGACACCAUCAUCUAUGUGGCAGGAGCCUUUGAUCUCUUCCACAUCGGCCACGUUGACUUCCUGGAGAAUGUGUACAAGCAGUCAGACAAGCCUUAUGUCAUUGUUGGGCUGCAUUUUGACCAGGAAGUCAACCGCUACAAAGGAAAGAACUAUCCCAUAAUGAAUGUGCAUGAGAGGACUCUGAGUGUGCUGGCCUGCAGGUACGUCUCAGAAGUGGUGAUUGGAGCUCCCUAUGCAGCCACCACAGAUCUGCUGGAUCACUUCAAGGUGGACCUGGUAUGCCAUGGAAAAACAGAAGUCAUCUUUGAUAAAGACAACUCUGAUCCCUAUGCUGAGCCCAAAAGACGGGGCAUCUUCAGGGUAAUUGACAGUGGGAAUGAGCUCACCACCGACGCCAUUGUUGAGAGAAUAAUCAAGAACAGGCUGCUGUUUGAGGCUCGAAACCAGAAGAAGGAAGCAAAAGAGAUGGCGGUGUUUCAAGCCUUGAAGAAACGUGAGGAGGAGAAGAUGAAGGAACAACAGAGGGGUCUGGUGAACGAGGAGCAAGAGAACUGAAGAGCAGCAAACCAAAUGUUGAAGCCAGGCGGCAUCCAGAUCAAGUCAGGGAACAAAAUCCUGAACCUCUGGUAAUAGGAGUCCCGUCUCACUGGUGGACACGUUGGAAUUGCUAUAGAUGAACUCCAGCGAUGGUCUUUUUCAGAGCAUAUAAUCUACUUUAACAGUCAAUACGAACUGUGCUUAUAAAUCAGCUUAACUCCACUGGAUUUCAUGAUCCUUGCUAGCUAACUUUGGGUGCUCUGUGUUUACUUGGCAAUCAUCACGUACCUCUUGUACUUUUCCUUAGGGGCUUUAGAGAAUAUAGUCCUGCAACGUUUUUGGGUGAGAGAAUGCACUUUAAUCACUAGCGGAAGAACACUGCAAUUGAUAUAUUCAUUCUUUUAAUGUAUUUGUACAUUCUGUGUCUUGCCUCCAUGCAAAAGAUUUUAAGUAAGAGCACAUGUAUAAUUAUAUUUUGGGAGGUACGGAACAUAAAUGAUCCAUACCGAAGAAAGAAAAAAAAAAUCCAUUGCAUGAUUGCAUGUGCUUCCUCGUUUUUAAAUACUCUUGACUAGAUCAAAUCUGGGAUCUACAUAAACAAUGUAACCCUGAACACGAAUCAUUUAUGAUAUGGUAAACAUAGUACUACUUUUAAUCUGAACAAGUGAGUACCUGCUAACCGUAAAAGCUAUUUUUAAGCAUUUUAAAGUAAGCAAAACAACGAAAAUAAAAAAGUGUUUGUAAAUAACACAAAAAUGGUACUUUAAUUUUCCUGCUUUUUAACUAAUUUAUUUUUGACCGGAUACAAGUGACCUAAUUUCAUCUAUUGGUCCAUCACACGCAUGCAUGUUUGUUAGGAUCAUUCGUUCUCACUAUUACCUAUUGUUUUGUGUACAUUUGUAAUGUCCCUGAGAUUCCCCAAUGUUCUUAUUAGAUGAAUCUCUGUGUGUGUGUGUGUACACAGGACUGAGAUUUUCUCUGGCAUAAACAAUGUGGCUGAGAAGCGGAGGAUCGGUGAUGGGUAGGUUGAGGAUUUUGCCUCCUGGAGACCCGGGUUCGAAUCCGGCUAUGGGAAUCGGUUAGAAGGGUUUUAUGACUUGUACUCCAAGACCAUUAGCAUUUUAUUCUCUAUGAAUAAAAGUUGUUGUGCAGGUCAGGGUUGAGGUUCAUUGGCAGAACUUUGUGGGGAAAAUGACUUGGCACCUGGCACGUUGUGCCUAAUCUAAUAUAAGCCCAGCCAAUUUAUUCAGACUAAAAUAAUUAAUUAAUUAUAUGAAACACACCAGGAGAAAAUGGCAUUAUUGGAAUUUGAUUGUAGGUACUGUAAAUAAAAAUAAAUAAAUAAAAAAGGACCACUUUAAAGUUACCUCUUUGUUAAAUCUAUAAUUUAAUUAUAGAUUUUUUAAAAUAUUGAAUGAUUGUGAAUAACUAAUUUUCUCCAACAUAUAUUUAUGAUCUAUUUAUAAACCCUGGAGAUAAUAAUUAUAUAUAUAUA